AUGAAGGAAAGGGACAACAAUGGCUCAUAUGAUUUCAUCCUCUAUGACACUAUAAAGAUAGAGCAUAUGGUGGAUCCAGGAAUAGAUGGAAUUCCACCCCCACUGGAACUUUCUAGAUCUGAGGAAACCAAGGAGGAACUUGGAGACCACCAUCCCUCUGGAGAAGAAGACAAUGCUGAACUAUCCCUACAAUACAUCAAAAAGAUUUGGGGCCACCACCCAUCUGAGCUCAACCCAGAUGAACCUGGCCCGUCGAUAAGAAGGCAACUGAAGGUGGCCCCUCUCACCGAUGAUGAGGUUGCAAAGUUCGACUGUGGCAUCUGCCUGGAGACGCUUCUCAUCUUUGACAUAUUCCGUGGCAUGCCAUGCCCCCACAAGUUCUGCGUGCGGUGCUUGGGCACAUAUAUUGAGGGUAGGAUCCACGCCGGUGAGGUGCUGAUCCCGUGCCCUGACCCAACUUGCAAUAAAGAGGGCAACGGCAUCCUGCACCCGGAAGACUGCAAGAAGUCCAUUGACUUUGCUGUGUUCUGCAAUUGGAGUGACAAGCUCACUGAGAAUGCCAUCCCACCAAACAAGCGUGUCUACUGUCCAAACCCCGAGUGCAGGAUCAUGCUUGAGAGCACCUGCACCAACACGACACCGUCCAAGGCGUCAUGCCCAAUGUGCAAUUGCCAGAUGUGCACGACAUGUGGAAUAGACUGGAGCACCGAUGGUAGUGGCCAGCACGACUGCGCCGAGGGGCCAGAGGCCAUGCUCAUGAAGAAGCUUGCCACCGAGCGCCGGUGGAAACAGUGCCCUCAGUGCAGGAUACUUGUGGAGAGGAACGGGGGUUGCAAUGUCAUGACCUGCAGGUGCCUUGCUGUCUUCUGCUACACCUGCGGGCGCCUGAAGCGGCCAGUGCUAGAAGAAGGAGUCGAGAUGUGUCGGUGCCGCAACCGCUAUUAA